GGGUCGGCGCCUUCUAAGAAACAAUCUUCUGUGAAGCCUUCCCCCCUCCCUCUACCCUUUUUGUCCUCGCCGCUAACAUUAAGCAACGCCCAACGGACAGCCGUAUGCCGCGCGCGGCGGCCCGGCCUGCGGCCGGGGUGCCCACGGCCUGCGGUUUGCUGCUGUGCGCCGGCCUGGCGCUGAGGGCGCCGGCCGCAUGGCUCUGCGCUGCCCCGGGGCGCCGGUCACCGGCGCAUCCCCAGGGCGGCGCAAGGCGGCUUCCGAGGGCGGUGGCGCGGCGCGCCGGGUGGGAGGAGGACAGCGGCGAGUUCGACAAUGACUGGCGGGUGGAUCGCCCAGCGCUUCCCUCCUCGGUCAGCCAGCUGGCCAGCACCGUCUUCCUGCGGCACGUGCGCGACGGCGGCCCAGCCGCGGCCGAGCUUGGGGGGCUGCCGCCAGCGGACCCGAAGUGGAUCGCCGAGGACGAGUUCGGCACCGCGCGCAACGUGGUCAACGCCCUGUGCUGCCAUCGCUUCGGGGAGGGCGUGUACGUGGAAAGCGUGGACAGGCUCGUGGACCGAGGGCAGGCGGGCGCCGAGUACGUGGUCACACUCUCCCUGAGCGACAGGUCGAUCUUCGGGUCGUGCGACAGCGGCCAGUGCCAGCACUUCGACCGGGACACCACCAGCCUGCUGGAGGCCCUCAAGGAGUUGGACGGGUGGAACCAGAAGAUCUACAAGCUCAAGGUGCAGACCCCCAACUCGCACGCGCUGAAGGUCCCCGACGACCUGUGGAGGUGCGAGGUGUUCCCCUGUCUGGUCGUGCAGAAGAGCGGGCAGCGCCAGUACCUCAACCGCGUCGAGGGCACCACCGACUUGUGGCGCCUGGCCCGCUGCAAGGAGAACUACCAGGACACUGGGAGGCUCACGCCAGAGGAGGAGAAGCUGCGCUUGAACAUCCCGCCGGAGAGCAUCCUCAGGGCAACCGUCCACGUCGACAGGAAGUCCAGGCUGGCCAUGGAGGAGGCCAGGAGGACGCUCCGAGAGGAGGCCAAGAAACAGCGGAUGGCGCAGGACGAGCUCGACCGAGCGCGUGAGCGGCAGGAGCGGCAGGAGCGGCUGGAGGCGUCGGCCGCCGACCGCCCCCGGAAGACUAGCCAGGACGCGAUGAGGGACAUGCUGCAGGGCCUGGGCCGGCUGCUCGGGUGA